AUGUCUAGGAAAGUUGGCCGAAAGGGGCGUGGCAUGGGCGUGGUCAGAAAAGCUCCAAGUCGGAAGGAAAAAACAGAAAACAAGUCACCCACAAAAGUCGAGGAACAUCAUGAAGAGCAUCAUGAGGAACAGCAUGCGGAACGUCGAGAAGAAUCACAUGUGGAACAUCAUAAAGCUGCAGCUCCACCACCACCAGCUGAGCCAGCAGCUGUUAUUGCUGAUCCACAGUCAAAUGUCACUGAAAUAGUUAUGGAUGAGGAUUUGCAGGCUCUCCAUCGUACAAAAGAACCGGAUGCGAUACCUAUUGAUGCAGUUCCUUCGCAAUCACGCUAUGAUUAA